AUGCUUGAACCGAGGAUAUCUAACCCGAGAACGUCUAACCUAAGAACGCCUGACUUGAGGAUAGUUGACCCAAGAACGCCUAACCCGAGAAUGCCUGACCCGAGAAUGCCUAACCUGAGAACGCUUGACCUGAGGAUGCUUGACCCAAGAACGCCUGACCCGAGGAUGCCUGACCCGAGAACGCCUAACCUGAGAACGCUUGACCUGAGGAUGCUUGACCCGAGAACGCCUGACCCGAGGAUGUCUGACCCUAGAACACCUAACAUGAGAACGCCUAACCUGAGAAUGCCUGACCUAAGGAUGUUUGACCCGAGGAUGCCUGACCCGAGAACGCCUAACCUGAGAACGCUUGACCUUAGGAUGCUUGACCCGAGAAUGCUUGACCCGAGGGUGCCUGACCCAAGGAUGCCUGACCCGAGAAUGCCUGACCCGAGAACGCAUAACCCGAGAACGCAUAACCCAAGAACGCUUGACCCGAGAACGCCUAACCCGAGAACGCCUAACCCGAGAACGCCUGACCGAGAACGCCUGACCUAA